AUGGCAUUUGAGAACAAAAACAACACCAAACAAACAAAACUGAGUCACAUUUCUCAGAACCUAUCAUUAUCUACCUUAUGGAAGUCCUUAGUGAUUUCCGGUGCUCUUCUUUUCUUGUUACACACGUUCGCCUUUAACCAUCCUCAUAAAAUUUUAACCCACAAACUCUUUGCGCCUUUCGACCUUACUUUCUCCUCCUCUUCCUCAUCCUCUUCCUCCUUCUCUUCCUCCUCCUCUUUCUCCUCCUCUUCCUCUUCCUCUUUCUCCUCCUCCUCUUCCUCCUUCUCCUCAGAAAUAUCCUCCUUAUCACCAUCGUCCUUACAAUUAGCAAGAGAGCCUCCUACAAAUAUCAGCCAUCUAAUGUUUGUCAUCGUCGGUAGCACAAGGACUUGGAGAUACAGGAGAGGCUACAUAGAACCAUGGUGGAGACCAAACAUCACAAAAGGUCAUGUCUUCCUCGAAAGACCACCUGGUCCCGAUCUCUUGCCUUGGCCUCAACAAUCUCCACCUUUCUCUGUCAACAAAGACAGAUUCGUCCGAAACAAAAAGUUUAAAACUCAGAUCCGGCUUUUACAAUCGCUCCACGAGUCGUUUGAGAAGGCCUCUAAAGACACGAGAUGGUUUGUGAUAGCUGAUGAUGAUACCAUUUUCUUCUUGGACAAUUUGGUCGAGGCUCUCGACCGGUACGAUCACAAGAAGUACUAUUACAUUGGGAUGAACUCGGAGAACGUGUGGUGUAAUGGGAUUUUCGCUUACGACAUGGCAUAUGGAGGUGGUGGAUACGCAUUGAGCUAUCGAACCCUAGAAACACUUCUCAACAGAAAGGAAGAUUGUAUUGCAAGAUACCUCGGAGUUUAUAGCGAUGUACUCUCUUUCCAAUGCUUGGCCGACUUGGGAAUUGAUCUUACUUUGGAGAAGGGCAUGCACCAGAUUGAUCUGCACGGUGACAUAUCAGGUCUCUUAUCAGCUCACCCUCAGUCUCCACUUAUCAGCCUCCACCAUUUCGACGUAAUAGAACCGAUCUUCCCAGCCUUGGACCGUCAACAGUCCGUGAACCACUUCAUGAAAACCGCGAACACCGACCAAACCCGUAUCUUGCAACAAACGAUAUGUUACCAAAGAGGAAACAACUGGUCAGUCUCUGUGUCUUGGGGAUACUCAGUCCACAUUUACCAAUCUAUAUUCCCGAGAAGCUACCUGAAACGCCCUCUCGAAACGUUCCGGCCGUGGAGGAGGGUUAUGAUACCGUUGUAUACUUUUAACACGAGAAAGGUGAAUAAUGAUCCGUGUGAGAUGCCUCGCCAGUUUUUCUUUGAUUCGGUUGUGGAGGACAAGAACCAAAGCUUGGUCAGUACUCUGUACAAGGUGCCAACGGCAGGUAGUUUGCCUCCUUGUUUAACAAAUGGUAACCAUUCCGCUAGUAGCAUUACACAAGUCCGAGUCAUUGCUGCUACUAUGCACAAGAUGGGUGAAGGGAUCGAAUGUUGCGAUGUGGAAAGUUUAAACAGUACGGAAAUCUUGGAAGUGAAGAUAAGAGCUUGUCUUAAAGAUGAAGUUCUUGCUUAG